GCAUCUUGGAAACAGCCAAGCUGAACGCUUCGAGAUUCAAGUUCUUAUUCUGGAUUUCUGCCUCUUUUUAAGGAGGCAGAAUAUCCUCACUCGCUAAGAGCACGGUAUUAGCACUUCUCAAUUCACUUUUUUGUUUUCGUUAUUGAUAUUUACGAGUUUUUAAUUUCUUGUUUGUGUUUAUCUUCGCCACGCUGACGCUGCAAUUUUUCGAGAUACUGAGCGUGUUGUCAAAAUAAGUCGUCAGACUCACAGAGACACGAUCCCGGCGUACGAGGUUGACAGACGGCGGACGAAUUCAGACGAAUUGGAACGAAUAAUCGAGCGAGUAUCGAUUUGAUUAAGAUUAAAGGAACGAAUAAACUGCUGACAAUUUGAAAAAAAUACUCUACUGACACGUUGCGAUAAUACAACGAUAUAUCGAAUGUCGUUGCGUAAGUGCAUCGUGUUUCGACAGUGUCACUACACGUAGCAUCCCACCAUUCUUUCAUCAGACGAGUGGCUGUUAACGUUGAAGACUAAUAAAUACGCACGCCGGUACAAUCGAUUCAUUCUGGUUGAAGGUGUUCCAGAAAAAGCUCGGUAUCAACAAGGUUAUAUUUCUUCCGUUAAUUCGUCGUCAGGACAAGGUCGUUUCAUCAUUCAAACUCGUCAUGGCUUCAGCACAAGGUUUUUCGACUAUAGCCAUUCAUGCUGGACAGGAUCCACAACAAUGGACACAUGCUUCAGUUGUUCCUCCUCUGGUGAUGUCUACAACUUUUAAACAGGAUGCUCCAGGGCAGCACAGAGGUUACGAAUACGGCAGAAGCGGCAAUCCUACGCGCAACGUACUGGAAACAUGUUUGGCGGCUUUAGAAAAUGGUAAACACGGUCUGACGUUUGCCUCUGGCUUGGGCGCAACGACUACAAUUGUAGCAUUAUUACAAGCAGGAGAUCACUUAGUCGCUGCAGAUGAUCUUUACGGUGGAACCAACCGUUUGUUCCAAAAAUGUUUGAUCAAGCAGAAUAUAAAAUCGACAUUUGUCGACAUGACUAGUGUACAGAAUGUUAUAGAUGCCAUACAACCAAAUACAAAGAUGAUUUGGCUGGAAUCGCCAAGCAAUCCAUUAUUGAAAGUUAUAGAUCUUAAAGCUGUGAUCGAUGCCGUAAAAUCUCGUCGUCCAGACAUUAUUGUAGUUGUCGACAAUACCUUCCUGACAUGCUACUUUCAAAAACCACUGGAGUUUGGGGCUGACAUUUCAAUGUAUUCACUUACGAAAUACAUCAACGGACACUCGGAUGUUAUUAUGGGUGCUGCAAUCACGCGCCGGGACGAUCUCGAAGAAAAGUUGCGAUUCUUGCAAAACGCCAUGGGCGUCGUUCCAUCGCCUUUCGAUUGCGCCUUAGUUAAUCGUAGCAUAAAAACUCUCGAGCUUAGAAUGCAGCGGCACAUGGAAAACGGCUUGGCUGUAGCAAAGUUCCUAGAAUCUCAUCCGAAUGUCGAGCGAGUGUUCCAUCCCUAUCUCCCGUCACAUCCACAGCAUGAACUUGCAGUUAAACAAUCAACCGGACACAGUGGAAUGGUCUCCUUUUAUCUCAAAGGCAACUCUAAGGAAUUCCUGAAAGCAUUGAAAGUCUUCACUCUAGCUGAGUCCUUAGGAGGUUACGAAUCGCUAGCCGAAUUACCAUCCGUUAUGACGCAUGCAUCCGUACCGGAAGAUGAACGAGCAGCGUUAGGCAUAACUGAUCAAUUGAUCAGACUGUCUGUCGGUCUGGAAUCGGAGCAGGAUCUUGUAGCCGACAUCCAACAAGCAUUGAACGCCAGUCAAUAAAUUAACAAAUGCAAUUAGAUAGCCGCGAAUAUAAUAAUAGCAGAUCUUUCAAUUUAUAUAUAUAUAUAUUAACUGUGUGUUCGCGCGUAUAACUAAGGUCAGGUACAAUCUAAUAGAUUUCUAUAAUGCGUAUAUGAAUAUUACAUCAAGUCCACCUAUCAAUAGGUAUAUAAAGAGAUUUUAUUUUUAUAAAACAUUUUUACAUUCCAUAGUUCUCAGAUUUAUAUUAGGAACACUAUACGACACGACAAUGCUUUGACAUGUUAUUGCUUGUCCCGAUUUCUUUUGGUUUUGUUUGUGCCUUUCUGAGAAUGUGCGAAUAGAUAUUUUCUGAAGAAACAACGAAUUACAUCUUUAAAUUAAUAUACAGUUAUUAUGUUGUAGAGUAAUGAAAAAAUAUCAAAUACUCUUAUUGUUAGUGGAUUAUAAAAAUUGAUUUCCGACUAACCGAGAAAUACAAUAAACAUGAUUUGCAUUCA